GACCAAAAAAAUAGAAGAGAAAAAAAGGAAAGAGAAAGGAACGACCAAAAAAAAAAAAAGAAGAGAAGUGAAAGAGAAGACUCCGAUGUAAACAACUAAGCUCUGAAAUCUGCCAUGGAUUUGUGAUUCAUUUCAGCUACACUUGCUUCUUCUGAAGCGUCACACUCUUCACUCUUCAUUUCUCCCUUCGAUCGUCAUCUUUCUCUGCGUCUAUUGGAUUCCGUAAACGAUGAUGUCCCCGAACAAAUUCCCGGCGGAUCGAGGUUCUCCUCCUCAACCUCUAAGACAAACACCAUUGCAAAUUAUUCAUGUUGCUGCAAAUUUCAUGAGGAUAUGGUCGAUAUACUCCAUGUAUCGCUACUUAACCCAAAGUGGAGCUUCGGUUGUUCUUUUCUUGUUUGCCUGCAUAGCUCCUGCAGCAAUCCUCUUUUUGAUUUUGCAAAAGCCUUGGAAGGGCAGGCCACUUUCUAAUACACAGGUUGUGCCAUCCAUAAUAAAUGGUGCUAUAACAGCACUGUAUUUUGUCUUGUGGGGAAAGGGACUGAGAUCAUGUGGACCAGUUAGGUUGGUUUUAGUAUGCUUCUUUCUUAUUUUGAACCAGAUAGGUGGCCUAGUUGCAAUGUUGGCAUCUCUAUACCUGCUUUCUGAAGGCUGGGCUACAGCAACUUAUUCUCCAUUCUCAUGGGAAGAUAGAGAGGACUCAGAGGCUCAAACUGAACAAGCUCUGGGCUUGAGGCAAAUGCUAGUUCCUAUUUUGGCUGGAAUCCUAUCAGCCCUCAGAAGGGUGAUUGCGAGACGUGUUUCAAUUAAGAAUCAACUUAAAAGGCGGCUUCAUGCUUUAACAAUUGCCUCAGCAACAUGUUUUAUGUUUCCUUUUGCCAUGUGGGACAUGAUCAUAGGUUCACCUUCUGGCGAUAGUGGAAAGUUGCCAUUCUCUACUUGGGCCUUUUUGAGCACUAUUUUCUUUGGAAACAUUGUGAUAUUCUAUGCUGACAGUAUAGCAGAGGAGAGAUUGCACAUGGUUUUCUCUUCACCAAGACAUUUAACAGUAGCUGGUGCAUGCAUCAUCAUCAUGGAGAAUGUGUACAAGAUGGAUUUUUCUCUCAUUGGCUUCACGGUUUGCUGCUUAAUAUUAGGUUUUGGGAUAUAUGAAGCAACUUCAUUGGAUCGCAGUAGAACGGAUUCAAUAAAAACUUCAGAUUUAUCAAAUGGGGAAUUCGAUAGUCAAAUUCAUAUGUCCUCGCUACCAACCUGAGGUAAGAGCAGACAUGGCUUCAUUUGAAAUUUUGAGCCUCUUUCCAUGUCGAGUUAUGCCGUGAGAGUGUCGCCGCCAAUUUCAUUCUGCGCACUUGUUGCACAAAAGUUGUUCUUUCUCUGUGAAGAUGCACUGUCUACCACUUCUGGGGACUUAGGGCAGAAAGCAUGUUAACCAUCAAGUUCUAUAAUGAUUGAUCUGAUCUUUGGGAGAAUGAAGUACGUUUAACCUACACAGUUCAUUAUUUCACUUCGUACAGGAUCAUUAGUCUGGAAGUUUUUUGUGUAGUUUAGGAGUAAUUUUCUGUCACAAAUGGGGAAGAAAGAAAAUAUUGUGGUCCUGUUGGGCGUUCUUUGAAUAUUGGUAUAACUGACACCCAUGUAUGUUGAGUUGACUAUACAUUUUAAUGAAAAUUACUGGAUCAACCAGCUGGUUAUCCUUUGCUUCA